CCCUGACACCCGGCGUUUCAGACUGCACGGGCCUUCCUUUGAACGUUGUCCUCUCCCCAUUUCCAUCUCCAUUUCUCUUUCUCAUCUCAUCUUUCUCUCCCCGCGCCUCCAACUGCCACCACGCUCUUUACGAUGCUCGCCAACUCCCUCCCCCUCCUCACUGCCCUUCUUCCCCUCCUCGCCCUCGUCGACGCCGGCUCUGUCCAGCCCCCUCAUUUGAGGCAUCGCCGCAUGGCAAACUCUCUUCGGACCGUCGAGCACCCUGGUGCCCGUGCUGUCGUUCCCGAGGGUAGGAACACUGCCCACGCCAACGCAAAGAGGGCUAUCAAGAAGAACAUGAAAAAGAGGGGCGACACCUGCCGACCCAGGGACUCUGCCUCUGCUUCUGCCUCUAGCACCGAAGCGGCUCAGACCGCUGCUGCCUACACCGACGCUGCUGCCAGCUGGUCGUCGUCUGCUUCCCAGACCGAGAGCGCUUCUGCCACGCCCACCUACUCUGCGUCUGCUACCCUCAACAACAACGAAGCUUUGGCCCCCCAGGCUGACUCUUCCUCCUCCUCCGCCCCCUGGUCCUCGUCCUCCUCUGAGGCUUGGUCCUCCUCCGCUGCCUGGUCCUCGUCUUCCGCCGACGCCUGGUCUUCCAGCGCUGCCAGCACUUCUUCCUCCGCGGCCGCCGCCAGCUCUUCCAGCUCCAGCUCUUCUUCUAUCAUCGCCGGUCUCGCGGGCCUCCUCCAGAUCACUGAUUCCACGUGUGGCUACAGUAAUGCCGACUCUGACUCGCCCAACGGGUCCGAGGACUGGCUGAACUGUGGUCUGACCGGCGCCGGUUGGACCCCUCCCAUGGUCACCGUCGACCAACUUAUCGCUGUCGAGCUUUCCGCCGACGGAACCUUCUCUGCCUGUGCCGAUUACAUUGACAAGUUCAACACCUACGGUGCCCAGUACAAUGUCAAGCCUGUCAUGUUGGCUUCUUUCGCCAUGCAAGAGUCUACCUGUAACCCCUCGGUCACUGGUGGCAAUGGCGAAGCUGGUCUCAUGCAGUUGACCGCCGAUAACUGUGACGGCGCUCCCGACGGAAACUGUUACGAUGUCGACUUCAACAUCGAGCGUGCUGCCAAGCUCUUUUCCGACCUCGUCAGCUCGAACGGCGGCAAUGUUCUUUUGGCUAUCGGUUCUUACAACGGCUGGUACAGCGGUCUUACCCAGGCCGAAGCUACUGCGGCGGCCCUCACUGGCGAGUGCUCGGCUCAGAACAACCUCGACUACUUGCACCAGUUCUGCAACGGCUGGAUGCAGGGCAAGAGCGGUUACAACUUGGGUACCUAUCUCAACCUUGCCAGCUGCUAAACAGUACUUUAACGAUCUUGUAAACGACGCCAAAAAAUACCCUACAGUUCUCACGGACAUUCUGUAUCUAUCCACGCUUUGAUCUUUUACCCUGUUCAUACUAUCAUGUCUCAUGGUUCUCCUUCACGACUCCUCAUCUAUAGUCAUGCACCUCCCCUCCCGCUGUGUUUUACAAGAUACACUAGUUUUCUUUACUCGAUGCCUGGUGCGUCGUGAAUGUGUAUGAAUGAUUUUGCAUGGCA